AUGGCUCUGGACUUUGACCGCAAUGACCAGUAUGCACUCACGCUACUUGGUGGUAACAAUAGUGACGACCUAUACGAAGGCUCUACCAACGGCAGCAGCAACAAUUUAGCCAAUCGCCCGUAUUCCAAGACCACAUCCGGCGUGGACAAUGAACUCAUGCGGAAUGAAAUUGUGCGUCUUGAGAAUAUGCUCGCCAGUCGCAUUGCAGCUCGUGCUAAUCAAGACAAAUCAAAUUUACCAUUGGAACGUUCGAGCAAGAUUGAAAAGUACGUCGAGGUUAUGGAACUUACCAAAUGUCUUCGUCGUCAAAAGGAAUUUCUACUGAGUGAGAACCGCAAGCGUCAGCGUUUUGCUGAAAAGAUUCAGCAAGCCAUGCCGCCCUCAACCGAUAGCAUUCAGUUUAUGAAAAACGUCAAGUAUCCGCCCGAUGAAGAGCUGGAGAAGGCGUCCCGCGAGGCAUUUAUGGAGAUGAUGGAGUAUCAGGUGAGUGGAGAGGCUACGACGUACAUGGGCUGGCAGACGAAGCGCGAGUCCAAAUCCAUGUACAUGCACACGUUUUCAAAGAAAAGUUUUGUCGGUGAGGACAUGGUCCGCAUUUUUAAUGAGACAUGGACAAUGUUUCACGAUGAAACCAAGCAGGAGCUACUGCACCGCCGACGAAGCAAGUUCUGCAUUUUGAAGAAGUUGAACGACAACAUGUACUUCACGCGAAACAUUCACCAAUUUAUUGGCGAGAGCUUUCCACGCCAUGCAAUGACGUUGGUGUGCCGUAUUUCGAUCGACAAGAACGCUUUUGCUAUUAUCAGCAAAUCGGUGGUGCCACCCACGAACGACGCACAACACUUAGUGUGGACUGACGAGUGCUACAUGUGGAAAUUUGUGAGGCACAUUGAUGCACAGAACGGGUUUGACAUCUCGAUUCGCGGAAAGUAUGGCAGCACUUCGGCUGUCGCAGGCAAUCGCUUGCCUAUGCUCGAGUCUUACUUCCAGCUUGUAGACUGGGAGUCGCUGGUCAUCCGCCCCAUGUUCGACUUCACAGCAGCUUAG